AUGCUGAAGUCAAAUACCAACCUCUUUUCUUUGGAUAACUUGUUUUCUGAGAAACCAGAUGAAACUGAAAACUAUCCAGACCAUGAAAAAUCAUUUGAUUGGUUUCUCCCACCUGCUCCAUCAAUUUCAGAAAUUCCAGAUACUCAGGCAUUAGAGGAAGAACUAGAAAUUCAUGAAGUGUUAGGUCAGGAAAAGUGGCCGAGAAUGUUAACAUCAAACAUAAAGAUAACUGAUGAAAACACAAAUUUCAUUUUGCCAAGACAAACAUUUCAGUUUCCCUUCCCCUCUUAUAAUAAUAAAGAAAAUGAUCAGAAUUUAGAAGUGGCAGUUAACAAUGGCAUAUCAAAUGUUGCUGUCAAGCUGACAUACAAUUCUCAGAAAUGCAAAAGCCAGUUUGGCAGUAAGAUAACACCUGAAAACAAUAUACAAGAAGAUACCAACUUAAUUAAUUUUGCAGAAGAUAAAGAAGAGAGCCCAUCAGUUUUUCAAAAAAGGUUAUUUAAAAUAUCUGACAAUAUGCAUAUGAGUGCUAUUUCUAAUGAUAGUGAAAACUUGGACUCCCUUGUUGGUUCAGGAAAAAUUGUCCAAACAGAAGUUAACAAAGGAAAAUCAUGGAAAUGUAACAAUAAUAAGCAGAAAUCUCAGUAUUCAAACAGUAAACCAUUUUCACCAGGUAAUACUUUUCCUGCAUCUAGAACCAGAGAAGGCUUAUUCAGAGCACCAUCUCUUCCAUCUUUACCCCUGCACCAUAAAGUUCAAGGGUUAUCAGAAACUGGAUUAGAUUCUUUGAAGGCUGUGACAGAAAUCCCUACAAAAUUUAGAAGUAUUUUCAAAGAGUUCCCAUAUUUCAACUAUAUACAAUCCAAAGCAUUUGAUGAUCUUCUUUACACAGAUAAGAAUUUUGUGAUUUGUGCUCCAACUGGCUCUGGAAAAACUGUAAUAUUUGAACUAGCUAUAACAAGAUUGUUAAUGGAAGUGCCAUUGCCAUGGUCAAACAUUAAAAUUGUUUACAUGGCACCAAUAAAAGCCUUAUGUAGUCAACGUUUUGAUGAUUGGAAAGAAAAAUUUGGACCUAUGGGACUUAUUUGUAAAGAACUCACAGGAGAUACAGUAAUGGAUGACCUAUUUGAGAUUCAGCAUGCCCACAUUAUUAUGACAACUCCAGAAAAAUGGGAUAGCAUGACUAGGAAAUGGAGAGACAACUCUUUGGUUCAACUGGUUCGAUUGUUUCUUAUUGAUGAGGUACAUAUAGUAAAAGAUGAAGAUCGUGGUCCGACUCUUGAAGUUGUAGUCAGCAGAAUGAAAACUGUAAAGUUUUUAUCUCAUACCUUAGAAAACACCAGUCUUGUUAUUCCAAUAAGAUUUGUAGCUGUAUCUGCAACAAUUCCUAAUGCUGAAGAUAUUGCAGAAUGGCUUUCUGAUGGUCAAAGACCUGCUGUAUGUUUGAAAAUGGAUGAGAGUCAUAGACCAGUGAAACUUCGGAAAGUGGUCCUUGGAUUUCCCUGUGGUAGUAACCAAACUGAAUUUAAGUUCGAUUUAAGCCUCAACUAUAAAAUUGCCAGUGUUAUACAAACAUACUCUGAUCAGAAACCUACACUUGUGUUUUGUGCAACAAGGAAAGGUGUGCAGCAAGCAGCUUCUGUUCUUGUGAAAGAUGCUAAAUUUAUUAUGUCAGUGGAACAGCGACAAAGGUUGCAGAAGUGUGCAUAUUCCACAAGAGAUUCAAAACUAAGAGAUAUCAUAAUACAUGGUGUUGCUUAUCAUCAUGCUGGUAUGGAACUGUCAGAUAGAAAAGUUGUAGAAGGAGCUUUUAUGUUUGGAGAUCUACCUGUCCUCUUUACCACAAGUACUUUAGCUAUGGGGGUAAAUUUACCUGCUCACCUAGUAAUUAUAAAAUCUACAAUGCAUUAUGCUGGAGGAAUGUUUGAAGAGUACAGUGAAUCAGAUAUUCUUCAGAUGAUUGGUAGAGCUGGUAGACCUCAAUUUGACACUACAGCUACUGCCGUUAUUAUGACUCGGUUAAAUACAAGAGAGAAAUACAUUCAGAUGUUGGCUUGUAAUGACACUGUGGAAAGCAGUUUGCACAGACAUCUUAUUGAGCAUUUAAAUGCAGAGAUAGUACUACGUACCAUCACAGAUGUAAAUAUUGCUUUGGAAUGGAUACGAUCAACCUUGCUUUACAUUAGAGCCUUGAAAAAUCCAUCUCAUUAUGGCUUUUCAUCUGGAUUGAACAAAGAUGGAAUUGAAGCAAAAUUACAAGAAUUAUGUUUGAAGAAUUUGAACGAUUUAUCAUCUCUUGACUUGAUAAAGAUGGAUGAAGAUGUUAAUUUCAAACCAACUGAGGCAGGAAGGUUGAUGGCUUGGUAUUAUAUUACAUUUGAAACUGUAAAGAGAUUUUGUGCUAUCAGUGGAAAUGAAAGUCUAUCCGAUCUGGUCACAAUGAUAUCCAGUUGUAAGGAAUUUCUAGAUGUAAAAUUAAGAAUAAAUGAAAAGAAAAUGCUGAAUACUUUGAACAAAGAUCCAAAUAGGAUAACUAUCAGAUAUCCAAUGGAAGGAAGAAUUAAAACAAGAGAAAUGAAAGUAAAUUGUCUCAUUCAGGCUCAGCUAGGAUGCAUUCCUAUACAAGACUUCGCUUUGACACAAGAUACCUCAAAGAUUUUCAGAAAUGGUUCUCGAAUUACAAGAUGGCUAUCAGAAUUUAUGGCUACUCAAGAAAAGAAGUUUAUCAUACUAUUAAACAGUUUGAUAUUAGCAAAAUGUUUUAGAUGUAAACUUUGGGAAAACUCUAAGCAUGUAUCCAAACAACUGGAAAAAAUUGGUAUAUCAUUAUCAAAUGCAAUGGUUAAUGCAGGUUUGACUUCCUUUAAAAAAAUAGAAGAAAAAAAUGCAAGAGAACUUGAACUGAUUUUAAAUAGGCAUCCGCCUUUUGGAACACAAAUAAAAGAAACUGUGAUGUAUCUUCCAAAAUAUGAGCUUGAAGUAAAACAGAUUACAAGAUAUAAUGAAACCACAGCAGAAAUAUUAGUGACCAUUGUGUUAAAAAACUUUGAACAGCUACAAACUAAAAGAACAGCACCAGAUUCUCACUAUGUUACAUUAAUCAUAGGUGAUGCAGAUAAUGAACUAGUUUUUAAGCACAAAAUUAUGGAUUCUGUUUUGCUGAAAAGUGGUAAUUGGACUAAAAAAAUUGAUGUGCAGAAAGCUCUUAUAUCAGAAGAUCUUAGCAUAAAUCUAAUUAGUUCUGAAUAUGUUGGACUUGACAUUCAGAAGAAAUUUACAGUCUUAUAUUUAGGACCCAAGAGAUUUGAAAAUCAAAUAAUUAUACAAAAGAAACCAGAAACAGAGGUAUCUCGUUCUUACCGUUCAGAUAGACCUAACAUCAUGGGAUCUAAUAAAGGAAUGACAGCCUGCAAAAAGCCUGGGAACCGAGAAUGUAAUCAUCACUGUAAAAAUAAACAAAAGUGUGGGCAUGACUGCUGUAAAGUUGGAGUUGCACAGAAGUCAGAAAUGAAAGAGUCAAUAAUUUCUUCAUAUUUAUCAGAUUUAAGAAACAGGAAUGCUGUUUUAUCUCUUCCUCCAGCUAAACGCCUAAAGAUGCAGAUGGAUAAAUCUCAAAGUGUGGACCUUAAAAAGUUUAGUUUUUCUCCAAAGACUUCUCUUCCCAGUGUAUCAAGGUCAGAAUAUCUAAACUCACCUGAGUUGCCUAUAACGGAGCAGAGAGGUAGGCAUCAUGAAAUCUGUUUGAAAGUUCAAGAAAUAGAACCAUAUGAAUAUCAAGGCAAUGGUUUUUCUAGAUGGAACUAUUCCACGACUUCAACUGUAAAAGCCCCUCAGAAAAUGAGAUUCAUUAAAGAUCUUAAUACAUCUGGGAGCCAGAAUUUGACAGAAGCAUAUAAAAGCAACUCUUCAUUUUCUGAAGUUCAAAAUAUGGACUUUGAAUGGGGAAGUGAAGUUUGGGAUGAUUUUGAUAAUGAAAAAUUAAUAGAUGCAACUAACUUUUUAUCUGAUACUGAAGAGAUAAAAACAUCAGGAUUUGGAACCACUUUGAGUUCAACUAGCAGAGGGAGUAAGAGAUCCUUCCAAGAGUCAGAGAACAAGAUACAAAGAGAAAUGUCAAACAGUUUUGUUUCAUUACAUCACGAGCCAGAUAUUUAUCUAUCAAAGUCUGCUGUGUCCAACUUUGCUGCAUCCUCCAUAACAAAUCUACCUCAACAAAUUGGAAAUACAAAUAUUAUCCAUUUACAUGAAAAAAACCAACAAAAUCUAUCACCAGUGAUUGAAAGGAUAUGCUUUACCCACUCUGAAAAAUUACCAAAUUCUUCAGAAUUUGAAAAGAAGUUUUCAGACGAGAAAGUGGAUGUCUUUCUUAAAAAUAGUGAAAGUAAAAAGGAAGUUGGUGUAAGUCGUUGUCAUCCUGAUGAUAAAGCUGAUGAAAUGAAGUCUUUAAUGGGAAUAUUUGAUGGUAUUUUCUAA